GAGCACUAGAUUACAAGAAGUGAUAAUGAUAAGAUAACACGUCCGUAUCUAGUACAUAAAUCAUUGACCAGCUCAUUUUAGACAUGAAGGUAUUGUUUAUUUCUUAAAAAUAUGGAGGAUCCUCAAAAUGAAAACACCCAAAGGGAAAGUGGUGAAAAUAGAGUGGAAGAUCUGUACUUAGACAGAGUAGUAGCUUCACAACCAGAAAUCGGACCAACCCCUCCAGAUGGGGGAUAUGGAUGGCUGAUUGUCUUCUCGGCGAUAGUGUAUCAUAUAACCGUGCCUACAAUAUUAAUUUUAUAUGGAUUGGUAAUUUUAAAAUCGAUACGAGAGGAGGAUCAUGAAGUAGGCGAAAAAAUGAAGAUAUGGGACGUUGAUGUAGCACUUAUGCCCGUUAUUAUGGUGGUGAUUAGGCUACUUCUAGAGUCAUGGUGCAGAGCUGUUGUGAAAAUUUUCAAUAUGCCAAGAUUUACUGCAUUAGCUGGCUUGUGUCUGACGGUGGCUGGCGUACUAUUAUCAAGUUACUCUACAAGCACAUACAGUAAUAACCACAUUGUCAACAUAUUUUCGGGAAUAUUUGCUGGUGCAGGAUGCGCUUUAACUGGUCAACAAACAGAUGUCAUCAUCACUCACUACUUCAGAGACAAACUUACGAUUGCGCAAAGACUCGUACGCAUGGCACCUUCCCUUGGCAAUGUAUUAACGUGCCUUCUUGUCGGUUAUCUCUGCACUAUUUACACAAGUGAUAUAGUAGUUAUGAUUUAUGGAGCUAUACUUAUGCAAAACUGUCUUUUCCUUGCCGCUUACACCCGUCCUGUAUAUAUCGAAAGAGUCAUUCGAACAACUUAUAACAUGCUCCGAGCUGUUGAAGAUGAUGACGAAGUUAUAUUUUCAAAUCAGAAUCCAAAUCCAAAUCAAAGGCCGACAGAAACACAAGUUGCAAGCAGAAGUCCAACUACGGUCGCCGAAAAUGUAGUCUCGACUCAAGACGAAGAAACUGACGUUGUCGUUUUCAAUUCGAGGCGAGAUGCAAAAGAAAUUCUCGACCCGGAGGUGCGACACAGAGAAAAUAACACACAAGCGAGAUUCUCAUCAGAUUUCAGUGCAAUGUACGAUGGUCCUUCGUCGAACCGAUUUUCGUCAGACUUCGGAGCUCUCGACAUAUCAAGUUAUAGUCGAAUAAGCGGUUAUCAGGAAUUGGAGAAUAUUGACAGAGAUGGACAAAAUCCUCAGCCUCUCUACAGGGAAACAACAGUAAAUGCUGCUUCAAACAGUCUGGUGUUUACGUCAGACAUAACUCCAGGAACAGCACGAAGGACAGCUUCUUUGAAAAAGAACUUUAUAACGGUCAUGAAUAUGUUACUCGACUUGAAUUUCUACUUAUAUACGUUAUUACAUUUGUGCACUACUUUUUCCAUACUUAUAUUAGGGUUAGUGUUUCCUGCGAUGAUUUGGGAAUUAAAUACAUCGAUGAACGUUUGGUCGGUAGCGUCGGUGACAGCGAUAGCUCAUGGGGCCGCCCUCAUGUUUGUAAUGCUGUGCAUUGCAUUACCGAAAAACAUAAAUGAAAAGGCGCGAUUAUGCGCUACCUUCUGCGUUUGUGGUGCCAUUGGCUUUUACGGUAUAACUCUUUCAAUAAACAAAAGUUUCCUGACUGUUUGGUGCAUGUUCGCAAGUUUUUCAACAGCAGCAUCAAGCGUUCUUCAACAGCCGCUUUACAACGCGCUUAAUGAGUUCGACACAACUGCGACAAUGACCACAGCUAACGCCAUCGUCGCCAUCAUUAUAAUGGUGUGGUCACUUGUGUAUAAUUACGAAUACAAAACAUGUUUCUUUAUUGCCAGCCUCUUACAGACAGGUACGGCAUGUGUUUUCUUCGCAGCCUCAUUUAGAAGAAGGAGAUAAUAUGCUAAUUUUAUAAUUUCAAUAAUAAACUAAAAAAAUAGGUUACAUAUUUUAGGAAUUCAAUUGACAUCUAAAACAAAAAUUAUUUAUUUAUGAUGACUUAACUUUACAAAAGUAUG